CAUUUUUUAACGGGUUGGACCAGCAGGAAGAUCACGGAACUUCAUAAAAUUUGGUGGAAUCUGUACCGCGAAACUGCCGGAAAGAUGGUCGAUUACAGCAAGUGGAAAAACAUUGAGAUUUCGGACGAUGAGGACGAAACGCACCCCAACAUCGACACUCCGUCGUUGUUCCGCUGGCGGCACCAGGCCCGUGUCGAGCGGAUGGAGGAACAGGAGCGGGAGAAGAAGCAGCUGGAGGAAAUUAAGCGGAAUAACGCCAAGAAGGCGCAAGAGUUGAAGGAAAAGCUGACGAAGCAGGACGGGAAUUUGGACGAGCUGAAAAAGAGCCUGGAUGAGGUGGAGAAGGAACAGGCCAGGUUGCGCCGGGAGGAGGAAGAGCUGAAGAAGAAGGAGAAGAUGCAGCCGUGGAACGUGGACACAAUCAGCAAGGAUGGCUUCAAGAAGACGGUCAUCAACAAAAGUGCCAUCAACAAGAAACCGGAACUGACCGAGGAUCAAAAGGAGAUGAACCUGAAGGAGUUUAUCAAAAAGUACGAAAAGAUCCUGAAGCAGUACGGAAUGCUCAGAAAGUACGACGACUCGAAAAAGUUCCUGCGCGACAAUCAUUGCCUGGUGUGUGAGGACACGGCCAACUACCUGGUCAUUUGGUGCAUCGAGCUGGAGAUGCAGGACAAGCACGAAUUGAUGGCCCACGUCGCCCACCAGUGCAUCUGCAUGCAGUACAUUUUGGACAUUUCCAAGCAGCUGGACGUCGAUCCGCGUGCCUGCGUGGAAUCCUUCUUCCAGCGGAUCCAAACGGCCGAGGCCGAGUACAAGAGCCAGUUCCACGCGGAAAUCGAAGCGUUCAAGGAGCGCAUCCGCAAGCGAGCUCAGGAAAAACUUCAGAAAGCCAUCGAGGAGCAGGAGGAGGAAGAACGCAAGGCCCGCCUUGGCCCCGGAGGGCUCGAUCCGGUCGAGGUGUUUGAAUCACUGCCAAAGGAACUGCAAACGUGCUUCGAAACGCGCGACAUCGGAAUGCUGCAGGAAGCAAUGACCAAACUGCCCGAGGACGAGGCGCGGUAUCACCUGAAGCGCUGCAUAGAUUCCGGCAUGUGGGUCCCGGACGGCAACAAAGGCGUGCUGGAUCUGCCGCCCGAGGAACAAGAUCAGGGCGCUGAGGUCAAGGAAGACGCGGUGGAAGAACCAGUGUACGAGGCAGUUAAGGAGAAGGAACCGGAAGCUAAAUAAAAGUCAUGCUUGAACCUCCCUCUCUUGUAGUGUGUAGAGUCGCUGUCACUUGAAUCUGGAUGCACCGAACAGAGCACUUAAAUCCGAUCUAAGUGGGUAGAAUCUUCCGUCAACCACAAACAACAACAAAAAUUAUUGCUAAAAAUGUAUUUUCAAAAGGCUUCGUCCCCAUUUUCUAAUUGUACUCUUUUAUGUUAUGAUAUAUGAAGUAAUAAAUAUGUGUACUCUAGUGAA